GCCAACGAGCUGGUGAUGCGAGCCCGGGACCUCGUGUACCACCUGCACUGCUUCACGUGCGCCUGGUGCAACACGGCCCUCACGCAGGGCGACUACUUCGGCCUGAGGGAUAACCUCGUCUACUGUAGGGGGCACUACGAGCUGAUGGUGCACGGGGAGAACUGCCUCACCACGAAUGGAGAAGCUGCGGCGCCAGCACUCAUGCCAAGGUAUCCUGGCUUGACGCUGCUCCACCCGGGACACGAGCCCCCCUCCAGUCCUUCGACGGGGGCCUUUGCCCCGUUUCCAGGAGUGACAGGAUCAGUCAGGAAGGGAAGGCCCCGCAAAAGGAAGACGACCGAUGCGGUGGUGCGAGAGGGCCUGCUGUCCCAGACGCUCAUGAUGGAAUCUGCGGACGGCUGCGGUCUCCACCUCUCCUCGCUGGACUCGAACAGUUCGGGCCCCUCGGGUCCCGGAGGGGGCCCCGGGGGCUCCCAGCGGACGAAGCGCAUGCGGACGUCCUUUAAGCACCAUCAGCUGCGCACCAUGAAGUCUUAUUUCGCGAUUAAUCAAAACCCCGACGCCAAAGAUCUCAAGCAGCUGGCGCAGAAGACCGGACUUUCCAAGCGGGUUCUGCAGGUGUGGUUUCAGAACGCCCGUGCCAAAUGGCGCCGGAACAACUUGCGACAAGUGGAUCACCAACAGGGUGGCUCCAACUCGCAGAAUCCGCAACAGUCCUCGCAGUCCUCUCACGUCAACAGCCCCGGUGCAACCAGUUCCUUCUCGGAGCCCAGUCCAUGCGGGGGCGGAUCCGGCAUGGGCCCCGAGCCGCCCCACGCCUCGUCACUGCCCCCACCAGCGCCCCCCAGCGUCAUGGAUUACGACGGGAACCCGCCACUGACGUCACUAGUCCCUCGCCACGUGUCACCCGGUGGCGAACCCUUGCCUUUGACAUCAUUCCAAGAACUUUUCUAAGUGAACAGAUUUCUUCCGCACACUUGAAGACUUUGACCGUAUGCCAUUGGAUUUUAAACAUCAACUCAUUCAUUCUGCAUGUCAUCAACGAAUCUUUCUUACAUUCCCGUUUUCAUGAACGAAAGGUUGUCAGAAACUCUGUGGCAUCAGUGAACUGGUGACAGUUUGUACCAUUGACAACAUUCCAAAGACAUUCCUGACGAAGUUUUUUUUUCCUACCUUGAGGAACAGCAUCAUAAGUUUUUAAACUUCAUUCCACGAACAAUGUCGACAAGCAGGCCAUUGCUUAUGUCAACGAACUCCCUGUGCACUCCAAUUCCUGUACAGUAUUCAUCGCGAUCAAAGAAUAUCAUUUUACAGUAUGCAGCAACUGGUGGCAAUUCUCUGCUCAAGACAUCUCAACCCAAAUUUGUUUCUGGCAGGCAGCUUGUUCUUUCUUGCUCGCCAUUGACAUAACCCGUGGCAGAAACAAAUUACGACCAAAGAAAUUACUUGUAAAUUGUUCGGUGCAAAAAUCCUCUGCUAAUGAUUGUAAAUCCGUAGAAAAGCUGGAGCAGUUUUCUUUAAGGAAUACUUACCAGUCUAUAUCAUUAUAUUAAAUUUAAAUCAAAAAGGAAUAUUUCAGUUUAGUUUUUCUUUUCUCCUCAUGUUUUUGGAAAUAAAAGUAGCCUUCUAAGCAUACUGACAGCCAGGUUUUUCUCAGUUAGGAAUCAUUACCACUCCAUAUUUUUCUUUUAAAUUUAAGAACGAAUAUUUUACCUAAGUUUUAUCUAAUUAGUUUUCUUUUUUCUGAUACUAUAACAAGAAAAAGUAAUGUUUCUGUAUCUACUGAUAACCGUGAUUAUCUUAGGAAUCGUUGCCAUUCUAUAUCUUGUAUCAAAUUUAAAUCUAAAAGGGAAUAUUUCACCUUAGUUUUGCUUAUCAGUUUUACUUUUUUAUUGAUGUUGCUACAAGUAAUACAAAAAUAUUUCUAGACUCGCUGACAAACAAAGCCAAGGUUAACAAAUCACAGCGCAUAGCUUUCCAUACAAAAAGACACAGCUCUAGUUGUUAAAAUCUUUUUUUUAAAUUCAAAUAAUAAAUAAUGCCUUUAUUAAGUUAAUUAAUGAUGCCCUUAACUCAUUGAAAGUUUUAAGAAAUUCCUUCAAAUUAAGUUAAAAUCAUUUGGAAACAAUAUAUCGUGAACUGAAACAUUAAAACAAAAAAAAAAAACAAAAAAAAAAUCUUUGAAAAGAGAAAACUUAAACAUUUAAAUGAAAACAACAUGGUUAAAAUGGGUUGAAAAUCAAUCACAUAAUACCAUUUGAUACGUUAGCAAAUUUAGAUUGAAGCAGAUUCAAAUUUUCUUCAGAAUACAAAUUCAGCACAUUCAUUUUCAGAAAUCUGCUAGUGUAAAAAAAAUGCUUUGAAACUUAGGAGAUUAUCAAACAUUUCAAUGUUUAGUAUAUAAUCCUCUUGCUUGAACACUUAGUAUUAGUUUUACAAAAAUAAAAAAAAUUGUUUUGAAAAACUUGUUUUUUUUUUUUAUUAAACAAAACAUUACAUUUUAUAUUUAUGGCAUCAUGAAAAAUCAGAACGUGAAGUAUGUAAAAACUUCCUUUUUUAUACGACUUUUCAUCAUAAAUUAAGGUGAGUACUUAAAUCAUUCCACUCAUGUUUAAAAACAAUAGAGUCAUAAAUACUCUUUUAAUAAAUCAUGUGGAAAAUUAUCUGUCCAGUUAAACUUAUAUUCAGUGGGAAAGUAAGAAUAUCAAAGCAAUUCUUUUUUAUCACAAGAAAUGUAAAAACAAAAGACAAAAAAUAUUAAUGGUAAAAUCCAAUUACGAGAAAAUCAAAAUUGUGAAGAAAAAUAGCACUAAAUAUAUAGUCUUAAAUAAUGAUUUCAUGCUUCUCUCUGAAAUAAACAGUAUCAAAAAUCUGUACCCACAUUUGUUUCGCAUGAGCCACAGAAUAUCGUUCUUUCAGAGACUGCUGCCACCAUAAAAUGCCGUAUUAAUUAUUCCAUGAUAAAGUGCAUAAACUGUGAGAUCAUUGUUCAUUAUUCAUGAAGAAAAUAAAAUGGCUGCACCAUUAUCAGCAAAAAAGAAAAAAAAAUCCGUUAAAGGUAAUCAUUAGAAAAUAAUUUUAAAUACACAUUGUAAGAUCUGUUUGUUACUAAAACUUUUAUUUGGAAUUUGGAGUUUUUAUAUUUGAUGUGCAAUAUCUAUUAGUUGAAAUCUGUAUGUGCAGACACACACAACAGGGCAACUCAACUUGCCAUACUAUGAAUUUUUUAAAAGUAUUAUACAAAAAUUAAUAUAUACCUUUAUGUGGUUUAUUUAUGUUGAAUCUUACGUAACUGUUUUUCUUCUGUACAA